AUGGAGUGCGUCAAGUUCGACGUUGAUGCGGGCGGCGAUACCGACAUCAUUUUGCGAGGUCGUGUCAACACCCAAGACAUCAUACCAGUCAGAAAUCACCGCGACUACGACUAUGAUCGACAUACCGGUCAAUCUUUUGACAACUCACCCCUUAGCGGGAGAUACGCCGUAUUCAAUGUCGACGAGGACAAAAGGACCGACGAUGAACUUCCAAUCAAUUUCCGAAUGCGCGUAUCCUCACGGCAUCUCAUCCUCGCAUCCAAGAUGCUGCGUGCCAUGUUGGAGGGCCCUUGGCUCGAGAAUCAGUCUUCUGGUUCCAAGUCUAGUCACCGUGAGAUCAGAGCAACUGGCUGGGACCCAGCCGCACUCGCCAUCGUGCUAGACGCUGUACAUGGCCGUUACAACGAGGUCCCAGAGACUAUCAACCUUGGACUGCUGACUCGGAUCGCGGCUAUUGUUGACUACUAUGCGAUCCACGAGUCUCUGCGACACAUUGGUAACGUGUGGAUAACCAAUCUACGCGCGUCCUUCGAGAUGCCAAAAUCAUCUCUCAAGAUCAGUCUAAUGUGGCUGUCCGUCACUUGGGUCUUUCCGCAGCACGAAGUCAUGACUUCAAUGUCAAGGAUUGUCCUCAAGUGGUCCAAAGGUCUCGACAUGACGAUCGCCCUCCCUCUGGGUGACACUCUUGGUUCGUUACGCCACACCAUUGAGGCCAAAAGACAGGAGCUCAUUCGCAAGUUCCUAGCUUGUUUGCACGAGCUCCGCGGAAAUCUUGUGAGAAAAAUAAGAUGCGCUCCCAUGAAAAACCCUGACUGCCCUACCAUGGUGCUGGGCUCGGAAUCCUCGACGCAUAUCCCGUCGCUCCCUACAAGGGACUCAGCAUCUCAGGACUCGUCGCGGCAAUACAUGCCAAUGGGGUACUUGGGGUAUCCCUUGAAUCCCUUCCGUACCUGCUCAUGCACCCUCAUGUCACGAUUGACGGAUCCUUAUCAUAGACUUGAGCAGGAGAUUCAGGCAUUCGAGUGCUAA